GUUGUUUACUUCCGGUCAUAUUUUCAACCUUUGACCUAGCCGACUGCUGCUUGGCUGAACGUUUGACUUCGAACUUAUGUACCAAUAAAGAUGGUCGUUGUGGCAGUAGUUCAUGUGUGAGACUGAUAUUGAAAACCUAUUGACAGUGUGGCAAUAUCAUUGCUAGCUGCGUCGUUGUCCUUUCUCGUUUCGGUUUCGGAGUGUUCAGUUACCGACUGACUGGAAGUCAGUCAAAGUGGGCGGUUACAGAUCGACCUGUCAGAAAGUCUGCCAAAGUGCGGUGUCGGAUUUGCAGCAAACUACAAAUCAUCCCUUGGCUUCAAAUAAUAAAACAAAAACUGUUACUUAAUCAAAUAUACUUGUUUUAAUUCAUCGAAAGUGUAUGUCUACGGAAGCACCACAUAUGGAACAGAUGAUAAUUAACAAUGAACGGAUUUGGGGAUUGGCUGUUUUGUUUCUGACUUACAUUUUGAAUGGUUAGAUUAGACUAGAGAAAAUCUCCACGAUCAGCUGUCUGCAGGGUUGUAACUGAAGUCCACCUAGAAUGUGGUACACAGUAGUUGGAGUUGUGGGUAUUUUCUAUUACAUUUGGAGAACUGUGAGAUCUUCACCUGAUAAUCUAAACAAGGAUACAUCUAUAGAUGCUUUCAUCGACACUGAUGUCAGUGAGCCUGACGCUAGAAGUGAGAAAAGCCCUCGAGUCAAUCAAUACUACAGGCGGUAUGACUGCAUUGGCCGGCAGAUUUUGGUGCUGUAUGGAACAGAAUAUGGAUUCAGUGAAGAACUGGCCAAAACUUUGUUCAACAAAUUAUGUGACCUGGAACCAUCCAGCCAGAAUGAGUAUCCCUGGCAACCCAGGCUGGUUAAUGUCCGGAACUUUUCCCAUGUUGACCUGAAUACUGAACAGUUGUGCCUGAUCAUCAUCUCAACCAGUGGUGAUGGUGUGCCCCCGUCGGAAGCCCGGCCAUUCUAUGACAGCUUGCUAGCCAUGACAAAGCCGCUUGCACAUCUCAACUUCUCCGUACUGGCCCUAGGGGAUUCCAACUACCCCCACUACUGCCAUACAGGGAGAACAGUCAGUGCCAGACUUCUAGAACUCGGAGCUGUGCCGAUUGUAAAGUGCCAGGAUGUAGACCAGGAGGAGUGGCCAGUGAUUGACCAGUGGACGAGUGAUGUGUUGUCAGCUGUGACCAAUGUCAGUGUGUCACCGACCUUUGACUAUCUUGACAUCAGGCCAUCAGACAUUAACACAGGAUUCAGUAGACACAAGCCUUUCAUGGCCAAACUUGUGGUAGCUAAUUCUUGUUGCCUUCACAACCUCAGUCUCCCAGUCAGGCCUUGUGUUGCAGGAGAUGCUGUAGGAAUCUACCCACAGAAUGACCCAGCACACGUGGCGGCCAUCUUGUCCACUCUGGGGGUGCCUCCUGAGAUGGAGGUGGACACGCCACCCUGGGCGUAUGAACCAGCACCAGAAAAGGUGAGCGUGGAGGAAGCUCUGUUGCGGUAUUAUGACAUCAAGCAUGUUCCACCAAAGCUACUCCAGAAGAUACACAAUAAAGACAGCAGACACACAGACAGUCUUCAGAAGCUUCUGGACAAGGGGUUGGCCAAAGCGAACACUGCAUUACACGCUUACCUGGAUGAGAGAGAAGUGAGGGACAUUGUUUCUGAGUUUGAGUCGGUUGGCCUCACUCUUUGUGACGUUCUAACCUGCCUACGUCCACUGCAGCCCAGAUACUACUCUAUAUCAUCCUCCCCUCGCGUAGACAGGAACACUGUAUGUGUUACGGCUGCAGUGGUGCGCUAUGAAACACUGGGUGUCUCAAGGUCGGGGGUGACGACCUGUGACCUCCAGGAUCGAGUGACUGUAGGAGACAUGUGUCCAGUGUUCAUCAGUCCGAACGAUGACUUCCGGUUGCCCAAAGAUGUUGUAGCUCCGAUUAUCCUCAUUGGUCCAGGGACAGGACUGGCUCCCUUCCGAGCCUUCAUGCAGGAGCGAGAACAUGAACCAGCCCAUGGCAAGAUUUUCCUAUAUUUUGGCUGCCGUUGCAGAGACAAAGAUUUCUUGUACCGUGAUGAACUUGAGAGACUGUCAGCAGCUGGCACUAUUCGACUGAGGACGGCAUUUUCUCGGGAGGGACGGAGCAAGGUGUAUGUCCAGCAUCUCCUGCAGGAGGACGCCCAGGUUAUCUGGACCCUCAUCAGCCAGGAAGGUGCCUACAUUUACAUCUGCGGGGAUGCAAGGAAUAUGGCUCAUGAUGUGCACGCUACUCUCAUCAAUGUCAUACAAGGUCAAGGUUGUGUAUCAGAGGUCAAGGCCAUCCAGUAUCUGGCUGACCUUGAGAGAUGUGAGAGAUACCAGAAAGAUGUGUGGGUCACGUGACAUUGCUGAUUCUGUGUGAACUUGUACUCACCUGUGUGCCAAAUAUGGAGUCUUGCCAUUUAUAUUUAUGGGAUGAUUUAAAGUAUUUAUUUUUAUUUCCUAUGAAGGAAAAAUCUAUGUCUACAUUGGAUAUAGAUAGCAUUACAUGACAAUCAUUGAGAGAUUAGAACCUAUAUAUUGUCUCCCUCAGAUUAUACACUUGAGCAUGAGUUAAGCACCACCUGAUUCAAAUUCACAUUCCGAAAAAUAAUGUCAAAGCCCUUUGGUCUAGAUUUUCAGAACGAUUAAAUUGUCCUCUCGCGAGUAAACACAGCGCAUACAAAGUCAAGGACAAAAAUAAGGGACGUUAUUCUCAAUGACAAUGAUGAGACCUUUCAUCGAACCCAAUUGAACACCUUUGGGAUUACCUUGGCCGCCAGGUGGGAGGUCCAUGUCAAAACCUGAAUGAACUGACCCAGGCAUUGUCCAGGAAUGGCAGGGGAUCCCAGUGUCGAAAAUCAGACUUCCAAUCAGUUGCAUGGGAGGAUGACUCACGAAUGGUGUCAGUGAGAGGGGUGGAUAGUACUGGAUACGUGAGGUGAGGUAAAAUGGGUUUAACGUCGUGUCCAAGAUUAUUGCACUUAUAUAGCGACGUGUACGUGUGUGUGUUUGUGUGGCUGCUUGUACAAGUCCGGACUGAUGCCGAUUUAUA